GGCCAUUUUGGAACAGGGCUUUGCAACUGUGAUGGUGCCUGGGAGAGCAGGGGGUGUUUUACCCCGAUCCGUGGGACUCAUGAGCUGCUUCUGUAACCCGAGGGUUCAGAUGGCUCCUAAUGCAAACAGAGGCAGGCUGGCUGAGCACCAAGCAGGAAGCCUGCAUCGCCAGUGCACGUGCUGUGGACAGGGGCCAGCGCAGUUGAGGCAGCUUCUUUCAUCAGUGCUAAAAUCAGUGUUUGAGUUGGAUGUGAUUCCGCAGUUUCUGUGCGUUUCACAAAGUGGCUGUGAGUCUUGCAGUGGUGUAAGUCAAGCAGAAGGGGCAGCCAACACGUUUUUAAGGCAUUUUUAAGCUCAGCUGGAAACCUGCAGCAUAUUCAAGUAACAAGUUGCAGCCUUUAUGAAGGAGUUUCUGUGCAGUGAUCCCUCUCUGCUGGCAUUCUUAUGCUUCAAGAAAGAUUGAUCGUGUCUGUUUAACUGGAGACAGACCAGAGUACCAGCUGAUAUAUUGAAGAUCCCACAGGAGAUUCUGUCUGUUGUUCAAGCUUCACUCAUGACUUCUGCAGAAACUUCAGUGCUGUGAAUUUCACUAACCCUGCUGAAGAGCAAGGAGAAGGAAACAGGCUGCUUCUCUUGCUCGCUGCGCUUUGUGGUGGAGUAAACAGCAGCAUGGUGCUGCAGAAAAUGUACGGGAGGAUCACGUCCCCUGACUUCCCCAAUACCUACCCAAAUCACAAGGAGAGAACAUGGAAUAUUACCGUCCCCAAAGGAUAUGCUGUCCGCAUCUACUUCACCCACUUCAACCUGGAGCUGUCCUACCAGUGUGAAUACGAUUACGUGAAGCUGAGCUCCAGUGGGAAGACCUUGGCUACACUAUGUGGAUGGGAUAGUACUGACACUGAGGAGGCUCCAGGCAACAAAACAUACAUCUCUAUUGACAACACCCUCAUGGUUGUAUUUCGAUCUGACUACUCCAAUGAGAAGCCAUUCACAGGCUUUGAGGCCUUCUAUGCUGCUGAAGAUAUUGAUGAGUGCAAACAGCUGUUUGAUGGUGAACCUCUCUGCAAUCAUCACUGUCACAACUAUGUGGGGGGCUACUAUUGCAGCUGUCGGAUUGGCUACACACUGCAUGAAAACAAGAGGACGUGCACAGCCCAGUGUCAGAACCAAGUUUUUACUCAAAGAACUGGAGAAAUUGCCAGCCCUGACUAUCCAGCGCCUUAUCCCCCACUCAGCACCUGCAGCUACAAUAUCCAGGUAGAAGAUGGCUUUCUGAUCACAUUGGAAUUCAUGGAGACCUUUAAUGUGGAGACACACCCGGAGGUGCUGUGCCCCUAUGAUGUACUCAGGCUGGAAACACCCAGAAAGCAGUUUGACCCAUUCUGUGGGAAGACACUGCCUGCAAAAAUCGAGACACAGACUAAUGUUGUAAAUAUUACCUUCAUAACUGACAUGUCAGGAGCACACACUGGCUGGAAGGUGAAAUACACAGCAGUAGGUUUGCCGUGCCCCAGUCCUGAAGCACCACCCCAUGGCCACAUCGCACCAGUGCAAGCACAGUACACUGUGGGUGACCACUAUGCCCUCUCUUGUGACAUCGGAUACGUGCUACUUGAAAAUGAAAAUGUUGUGAUGUCUUUUGUAGCGGAAUGCCAGAAUAAUGCUUCUUGGAGCAAACCCACGGCAGAGUGCAUCAUCGUUGACUGUGGGCAGCCUGAGGCCAUAGACAGCGGUGCCAUUCUGUACCUCGCGGGGCCUGAGAAGACAACCUACAGGGCUGCCAUUCAGUACCAGUGUGCAGCCCCCUUCUACACCAUGAAGGCUGACAGCAGCGGUGCAGGUAAAUAUGUAUGCAGUGAUGAUGGAUUCUGGAAGAACACCAAGGGAGAAAUAACACUGCCUGUCUGUGAACCAGUCUGUGGGAUGCAGAGAAGCGGAGCUAUAGAACGUAUUUAUGGAGGAAGGAGAGCCAACCCUGGACAAUUUCCAUGGCAAGUGAUGUUAAUUACUGAGCGUGGAGAAUUAGGAGGUGGUUCACUUUUGUACGACAGUUGGGUUUUAACAGCUGCUCACAUUGUAGCUGAGCAAAGAAAUCCCUCAACUUUGAGGAUUAAAUUAGGGAUUUUGAACAAAUAUUCAGUUCAUUUUGAGGAAGUCCAGGCAGAACAGAUUUUUAUUCAUGAAGGUUACAAAAACGAUCUAGUCAAUUUUGACAACGAUAUUGCAUUGAUUAAAUUGGAACAUAAAGUCCCAAUGAGUGCCACUAUCUCACCCAUUUGUUUACCUGGAAAAGAAGAAAAAUUUCAGAUGAAGGCCACUGACACAGUAACUGUAUCGGGUUGGGGAAGAACUGAAACCAGGAGCUCUUCUGUGGUGCUGCUGUACACUGAACUGAUGGUCAUCGACCAGAAAGAGUGUACGGAUGCGUAUGCAAAUAAAUCACACAACGGCAACCCUCUUGUGGUAACAGAAAACAUGCUGUGUGCUGGAGUUGAGGGAGGGGGCAGAGAUGCCUGCUAUGGGGACAGCGGGGGGCCGCUCGUGGUCUGGGAUGCUCAGACCAGAAAGUGGUUUGUUGUUGGGAUCGUGUCCUGGGCUUUAGACUGCGCUGUAGCAGGGCAGUAUGGGGUCUAUACAAGAGUAACGAGCUAUAUGCCUUGGAUUGAAAGCACCAUUGCAAAUAAUUCUUAGACUUUUAUUGCUAAUCCCUACCAGCUUUUCGCUGGUUCUUGGAUUAAAAAACAACAAGAAGUCCUACAUGUUUAUUAUUAGGCUUAACUGUUCUUUUCAUUAAAGAAAACCCAACCAACCACUUGAGCAUCCAGUUUUCAUUUUUGUUUUGUCCCAGAAAUUGUUAAAUGACCAUUAAACAUAUGGCCAUCUUGUAAAUAAACUUGAGGCUUAAAAUCUGUUUUGUUUUCUUUUAAAUAGCUGUGUGGAUUCUUGUAGGACUGCGGCAUUACCAGCCAGCAUUUGAAUCAGCGCCUCCAGAGAAAGCAGGCAGAGCAGCAUCAAGGUACCUUAAACCACUUGUAGUGUAUGGGUUGGUAAAGAGUCCCAGUAGCUCCAGCAGCCCUACACACCUGGGGGAGCACACAGACAGAGACACCUCUCAGGCUGUCUACGUUACUGCUAUACUGAAGUGCAGGCACAGCUGCACAACCAUUACCUUAAAGGCCUUCACGCUGUCAGCUGCAAAAACCAUUUCUGUGAAUAUAACUUUACAACAGGACAAACUUUCACAUACAGAUACAUAAAAUAUGUAAUGUCAGUACAGUCAAGAACUAACUGGGAGUAGAUACACAUUUUCUAUAGUAACUGGUUUUUACCAAGCACACCCAAAUGGUGUAUCCUCUUCUGAUGAUGUUAUGUAAAGUUACUGUCUCUUUUAUCCCACGUUCUCUUCGUAGUUCAGUUAUUCUAGAAAGUGCAAUACUGAACGUGAAAUCUUCUUAAAAAAAAAAA